UUCAAAAUGGCGGACGAAGAGAGGAGAAAGGGAGAAAAGAAAGGAACAAAAUCCAAGGGGAAGCCAAAAUUCCGCUGGAAGAAGCCGGCAAAUUUACUUAACAUUGGGAACAAAGAGAAGGGCCACGCAUUUGCUGAGAAACGGAAGAAGAUGGCUCUUAAGGAAUACAAAAAGCUACUGAGGAAAACAAGGGAGCAACAUGAGAAUCGUCAGUCAGCAGACAACAGAGAUAAUCCUCCACGUUUGCAACGUCCAACACGUGUCGCAGAUGUGAAUACAACUGGAAAGAACGAAACAGAAAGUCAGGGAGUGCGAAGACCAAAAUCUCAACAGAAGCGGAAACAAGUCAACAAAUUCAUGGCAGCUGAAAGUGAUUUUAAGAAAAGAAAAAUGGAGAAGGAACAGAUGAUUAAGGAAAGGGAAACAAUGAUACAAAAACACAGAGACGAGGUUCAGGAAAAGAUGAAAAAGCGCAGAGAAACCUUUGGUCGGUUGAAUCGACGAACAAGGAAAGGCCAGCCAAUUAUGGCCAACCAAAUUGAACAUCUUCUUGAUAAGAUUCAAUCUCAGACUUAAAAAGUAGCAAUGCAAUAACCCAUAUGGGGAAAAUCACAGAUGAAUGCUGCUCUAGAGAAGUAUUGAUAACCAGAUUGAAGGAAAUAUAUUGAACCAGUGGUAUUGAGAUUGGCAACCGUUUGGACAUUAACUGGACAGAGAUCAUCCUUAGCAGCAAAUGUGGUUUAUGGAUAAAUAUGUUUUAAAGCUAUAUUCUCUCUGGCAAAUGAGUGUCAUGCCUUUGAUUGUACUUUGUGAGCUGUUACAGAAAGGUUUACAUGUGCUUUAUGGAUCUUUCAUGUGAAGUAAAAAAAUUGGAAAAUUUAUCAGUUCUCUCACAUUUAAAAGUGAUACUGUUGUCUUACAAUAGUAGCGGUGUGGUUCAAAGCUAUCAGUCAGAAAGUCCCUCAGCCUAGAACUUGCCAACAAUAGUAACACAAUUAUCCUGCACAGGAUUAUUGACAGAUAUUUGUGUUUCAGUGUUCACUCAUUCAAAAAUCUUGUAUUUUACAUGGUAUUUUAAGGCUUGUGAGCCACUCAAAAAGUGCAGCAUAAAAGCUGCUUGUGAUAUGUGGAAAAAAUACAAGAAAUCGCUCAAUGGGA